AUGAUGAGUAGUAAUUACUGCAGCAACACUUCAGCCAGCAUGAGUGUUAAUGAAAUGUCUGCCUUCUCUCUGACUUUAGAACAAAAAACUGGCUUUGCCUUUGUGGGGAUUUUGUGUAUUUUCUUGGGACUUCUAAUUAUCAGAUGCUUCAAAAUCUUGCUAGACCCCUACAGUAGUAUGCCUUCUUCUACAUGGGAAGAUGAAGUUGAGGGGCUGGAUAAAGGAACAUUUGAAUAUGCUCUUGCAUGA